AUGUUGCGAGACGAGCCGUUACCAGAUGAUUCAACUGAGGAUGUAGGAGGCGCUGUGCAAACAGAAGGGGCAUUGGUUGCUCCAGAAGUUGAAGAGGAUGUUGUCCCUAACAUAGAACCAGCUACUAAGAAAAGAGGUAGAGGGCCAGCGAAGGGCACGCUAUUUGAAAGAAUGAGGAAAGUGGGUAAGAUACCUCUGGUUAUACAAGAUGGUCAUCGGGGGCCAUCAUGUGAGAAUGCUUGCUUAUUCACUGGACGACUAACGGAGAUAAUUAAAGUUUAUGCCGACAUGAGGCAUGCUAGUUGGAGUCGUGUACCUGAAGACGAGAAGACAGAGCUGAUAGACUGUGUUAGGGCUGAUUUUGUUCUUGAUUGGAGUAGAGACAACCAUCGUGAGAUGGUUUCCAACCAUUUGGCAAAUAAGUACAAUACUUAUCAUUAUGUACUACAUAAAAUUUAUUUAAAAUAUGCAUCACAUCAAGAGGCCCUACGUGGUGGGACGGACAAGGUGGAGAAAAACGUUUGGGAAAAGCUAUGUGAAUACUGGGCAAGUGCAGCAUUCAAGGAGAAGUCCAUGCGAAACAGCUCAAAUAGAUCUAAACUGAAGGUCAAGCAUACUGGUGGCCGCAAAUCCUUUAUACGCAUUUUAGAGGAGAAGGUUUGUAAUUAAGCAAGGG